CUUAAUCAUAUAACUUUCUCCUAUCCCUUGAAUCACUUUUAAUCUUUUUUUACUUUUUAUAAUUCUUUAUGGUUACAAUGACGGCAACAACUAUCAAUUCAUUAAAAACGAAUGACCCUGGAUCAGUGAAAACUGUUAACGGAAGAAAGGAUGUGAUGGCACUGAAACAACAACUUGCCGAUUGUUUAGGGGACAAUGGACCUUUAUAUUGGGAUGCUUUGAGGGAUUUCGUUAUGGGAAAACUCAACCGACAGGAAUUUGACUUUUAUGCCAAUUUAUAUCUUAGUCGUCAACAUGCUCAUUUACACAAUGCCUUUAUUCUCAGUACGAUACACAAUGCUCAAUCAGCUACACCACCUCCUUCAAGACAACGUACUGUAGGUUGGAAACGAAAACGCGGAAAGGAUGGUCAUGAUCAAAACCCUCAGAAACAAAAAAUGAAACUCGACAUUAUGUCUCUCAGUAAGGCUGAUAGAGAAAGAUUAAAAGCUUUGAUCAAGAGUGGGGAUAAAGAUAGACUGCGUCCUUUUGUCAACAAACUUCUUGCACCUCGUGUCAGCAAACCAAUUCCUUCAUCACAUACAUUGAAUCAACUACCGUCAAACUUCAACAUGGCCUAUUCUCGUGGACUUUUGGCACCUCUAUGUAGUGACUUGAGAGAACUGCCUCGAGCUGGUACAUUGAAAGCUAGAAUGACAAGCAUAGCUAUGAAUCAUGGAUUAAUGGGUGGUGUUAGUGAAGAUGCUGUAUAUGGCAUGUUAUUUGCAAUGGAGAGCUACAUUAAAUCUGCUUUAUCAAAUGCUAUUAGCAAAUGUCGAUACAAUAGGUCAGUAGGGUUGAAAAUGAUACAAGAUCGAUUUACCAACCAUGAUGAAAAGGAUGAUAUCAGAAAGGAUAACAACGAUGGAACAUUACCAGGACCAACAUCAUCAUCAUCAUUAUCAUCAACACCCAAUCCACUAUCAACCGCAGGACAGAAACAACAUCAAGCAUCACUGAACCUCCGAGAUUUAGCGUUUUCCUUUCGUAUGACACCUUAUGUGUUGGUUGAGAAUCUACUGAAUGCAGAAAGGAUGACAGCUUUGAUUACUGAUAGCGAAGAUGAAGAAACGGAUGAAGAUCUCGAUGAUUCUGAUUCUGAUUCUGGCAAUGACUUUAUUAUUUGAUAUUAGUCUAAUAUUCUUUUAUGUAUUUCCCUCUUGAUUAGAAAAAUCAUUGAUUCAUUCCCAUCUUCCUCGUUAUUUUUUAUUAUUCUAUUCAUUCUCUCUAUUAUGUAUAUAUGAAACCUAAAUAAAGCUAUGUUGAC